CACGCAAUUAGAACCGCAUAAUUGUCGUUUGAUUUUGCCUAAUGAUGUGUUCGAUAAGUGGGGAGACAAGUUGUGCGAGUCGAUGAUUUUGGUGUCAGAGAAAUUUUAUUGUCCGUUUAAGGAUUGUUCCGCGCUUUUAAUAGAUGAAUGCCCAGGCGAAAAUAUGGUUAUUACUCAAUCGGAAUGCCCGGAAUGUAGAAGGUUGUUUUGUGCAAAGUGUAAAGUUCCUUGGCAUUCAGAUUUUGUGUGUGAAGAAUUUGAGAAGUUGAACAAAGAUGAAAGGGAAAUAGAAGGUAUACAACUUAUGCAACUUGCUAAGAAUCAAGAAUGGCAAAGAUGUCCAAGUUGUAGGAUGUAUGUUGGGAGAUCAGAAGGCUGUGCACAAAUGAGAUGCAGGUGUGGAUGUGACUUUUGUUACAAAUGUGGGGCACACUCAAGUGAUCACUACUGCAGUAGUUGUGGUACUUAAAAGACAUUUACUGUACUUUUAAGGUUUUUUUUUUUUUUUUCUUUCUUCUUUCUGUUAUAUUAUGUACUUCUGUUCUAGAAAAGAAAAAGUCCAAUAUUUCAAUGAACUUGUUUCAAGUGCUCCUUGGCACAUAGAGGUGGUUUUGUACUAAUUACUAAAGGGCUACUUCUUAUCAUGAUUGCAUGUGUUUACAUUGUUUAUUA